UUUAUUUUAUUAUUUUUUCCAGGCGAAAAUGGCUGCCUCUCUCAUCUUAACCUCUACCUCUAGGAUUAGAUGAGCAUGAAAUAGACAGCAGAAAUAUCAGCUCCGCUUGUAGACAAAAGAAUGGACGUCCGGGCGUAGUUUGUGCAGCGCUUUUCCAAUCAUGAUGGGGCUGCCACAGAAAGAAAAUGUAUCCGAUUCCAAAUUAACCCUUUCUUGUCAACCAUCCACCAACAAAUGAGAAAAUGAUGCAUCAAGUGACCAGCAGCAGCAGUGACUAUUGCAUGAGUGGGCUGGCAGAGGACUGUCAUCCAGCCAGCCACUUUGAUUUAUGCAGCACUCAAUCCAACAAAUUCUACCCCUCUGCCACAGCCCAUGGUCUGCAGCUGUCCCUUGCAGGCCUAGCCCCUUUACCACAGGGCAUGCACAAGGCCAUGGCAUGUCAAAUGCAAGACAACCAGGCGGACUUCGAGAUCCAGACGGUGAGGAUCGGGGACGGCGAGGAUGCAGGACCAGAUGGCUCUAAGAAGAAGAAGGGCAUGGUGAAAUCAGGGCGGAGAGGGAGGCCAUCAGGAACCACAAAGUCAGCUGGUUACCGCACAAGUACUGGACGGCCACUUGGGACAACUAGAGCGGCCGGGUUUAAAACCAGCCCUGGGAGACCCCUUGGUACAACCAAAGCAGCAGGAUACAAGGUCAGCCCCGGCAGGCCCCCCGGCAGCAUCAAAAGUCUAGCUCGGCUCAAGAAGCUUGAGUUUGACUGUGACAGCGCCAAGAAACUUGACUUUAGCAACUGCAGUGUCCCCAAGAAACUGGACUUCACUAGUUGUGAUGUUCCGUCUUUUCCAUACAACAUGAUGGAGAAAAGACCCCUCUGUGAGCCCAGUGGUAAAGUAGAUGAAGCCAGUGAAUAGCUGGGAAACAUUUGGGUGCAUGGGCAGGGAAAGGAAAAGUUUCUCUGAAACACCUGGAAAAGAACUUUGAGUCUCUAAAGAUGGCUCUGAUUGAAUUUCCAAUGUACAUUGUUUGACAUUGUCCUCACCCUAUAAUAACUGAAAUGCAUGCAUAUAAAUGAAUUACACCGAUCACUAUCUGCAACAAAUGUAUUUAGCUGUUUCAAACCUCAGAGAGUUUCCCCUCUUACAUUUCUUCCUUUUAGUUUUGACAUGUUCUCACACUACACUUUGAUAUUUAUGUGGUCGGUUUCUUGUGACAUUUUCUACAUCAUUGAAAGUUACAUUUUAGUACAAGCAGCAAACCAAUUCAGCUUUUUUUUCUGGAACAUAAUGACUUUGUGGAUAUGUAAUUGUCCUAUCUGUGUUGUCCAGUCCACUAUGUGUUUUACUUUGUGAUGUUAUCCCACGUCUUGCCCAAAAUAGGAAGACUGUGAUACAUGUUAAAUUGAGCUGGUAAAAAUCAAUGCAUUAUAUAAAGAAAUUGUUCUUUUGCACUUUGUGAGUACAGUUUUUAUUAUGUUUUCUAACGAUAGCUGUGUUUUCUUCCCAAACUCACUUGAUAACAUUUCCAAGUGUACAUGUAUGUUGCUAUGAUGUUCAUCUGAAAAAAAAAAAAAUGACUUGAAAAACAGAAAAAAGUUUUGUGAAAUAUUUAACAAAUGCUUAUGUGCUGUAUGUGAAACCAAAAUAAAAGUCUUUUCCACUUAA